AUGCAUCAUGGUGGAGCUACCUCCAUCAGGAUAAAGGGGAUUCCCCCCUUUUCUGUAGGAAGAUGGAGUGCACAACGCUUAGUAGAUAAUGGAUCUACUUGUAACAUCCAAAUGUUAAUGGGUUGUUAUUUCUGGUCGAAAAGAAUGAUACCAUUGAUAACUUCCCUAUUUGAUUUGUUGCAGGGUGUUUGGACUGCUUCCUUCCUAUUGAUGCUAAAUGGAGCAUUGGUAAGGGUGAUGUGUAAAAGGAUAUUGAUAGGAUGGUGUAAGAACGACAUUUGCCGUCUUAUCCUUGUCUUUAUACACUAA